UGUGUGUGCCCGCCCUCCUUCGUAAUUUGACUAUCUGACUUUAUCUAUAAAUACCAUUUCUCAUUUUCAAGGAGCUAUGACUUUCGUUCUUUUUUCAUAUUAUCUGGAAUCCAGCCGACUAGUUUUUCCAGAAUGAUGACGAAUAAUCCUUCAAAACAAGGCAAAGACCUGUCUGACACAGUGGUAAUGGAGCUGCGAGCUUCUGGAGAAUGGGAACGCGUUCGAAUUCCUGAACGAAAAAAUGAGACGGAAAAGAGAGACGAGGGCUCAUGGUGGAGCAAGAGCAGAGAAAACAGUUUGUAUGGCGGCUUCAGAAGGAACUCCUCGAAGAUUUUCAGGCUCUAGAAGCUAUUGCUGAAAUUAGGCAGACUGGACGAGGAAACCAAAGAAUCUGAAAACACUGCAUGUCAUUUUUUUUAGAUGUUUGAGAUUUAGUUGUACAUAUAUGUCAUAAAUGCAUGAAAAAACUUGA